UAGAAAUGAUGUAAAAAGAAAAAAAAAAACAAAUAAAUAAAUUGGGCUCUAACUUGUGACCAUUAUCAUGAGUGUUAUCAUUCUGCAAUUUUCUGGUCUCCUUCAUCACUUCAUGCCGUGGCCGCUCCACCACGGUUAGCCUUCUGCCGCUCCUCCACUCCACCACCACGCGUCGUUGUUCUUCUUCUUGCAAGAUUCAGAGAAAUGGUCUGAAUGUUUAGUGGCAAUGCACUGUUGGUGCAAAAACUGAGUUAUGUUCAAGUGAAAACAAAAUUCUAAAUACAGUUUAAAGUUCUAUGCUUAGGAAGUAAUGCCAUAUGAAUUAGACACUGGAUGAGGUUUCUAAAUUAUUGAUGAUCUUGCAACUGCCCCAGAAGAAGUACCACACUCUGUUAUGUUUUUAUUUGUAACAUUUUGUUAUGGUAUUAUGAAUUUUUUUUUUUUUUUAGUGUCAACUGAGUCAAACGGUUCAACCAGUGACCUAGUGGUCAGACCAGUGACCCAUUGACUCAGUGCCCUGACCGAGUCGAUCACCAGGUCGAGUUUAAUAACACUGAUUAUCAUUGUCCUCCCUCUCUCUCUCCAAUGUGGACGAAGCAACUGCUACAGGCACCACCACCCCAUAAUCUCUUCCUAUGUUGUUCAGCUCCGAGUGUUCCAAAAAAACCAUCUUUUGUGAAACUGUGUCCGACCCAGAAUGCCAAAAAUCACUACAACAGAGUUAAGGCAAUCUCUUUGGAUGAACUUCCCCCAAACGCCCUUCGCAGGAAAAGUGACCCACAAUGGAGAGGUGGCUUCACCCUUGGAGUCGACCUGGGUAUGGCUCGCACUGGCAUUGCCAUCAGUAAAGGUUUCAACUUUCGCCCUGUGACGGUUUUGGAAUUGCGAGGACAGAAGCUUGAGGUCCAGAUGAUAAACAUUGCUGAACAAGAGGAGGCAGACGAGUUUGUAAUUGGACUUCCAAGAUCUUUUGACGGGAAGGAAACACCACAGUCAAACAUAGUCCGUACUGUUGCAGGGAGGCUUGCUAUUCGAGCUGCUGAGAGGGGUUGGAGAGUAUAUCUACAGGAUGAGCAUGGGACAACAACAGAAGCCGUAGAUCGAAUGGUCAACAUGGGCUUAAGUAAGUCCUCUCAGCAGAGGAAACUUGAUGCCUAUGCUGCCAUGAUGGUACUGGAGAGAUAUUUCUCCACUUCGGGUAAGGAUACUGAACUUGUUUUGCCAAAGAAUCUAGAACUGCAAGGAAAACUCCGAAAGGGUCCUCCCAAAGACAAUGAUUUUUUCUCAGAUGAAGAUUAAUCACCAGAAUAAAUGCUUUUUGCCAAUAACUUCUGUGGCAAAUUUUAUGCCCGGUAAAGGUUGAUACCAUGGGAUGAAGCUUACUAAUUACAAGUAUGCAUGAGAAAGUUAUGAGAAAAGAGAAAGUUGAUGGUUUUUAAAUAAGUGAGGGUUUUUGGAGUCACUUGUUUUAAAGCCUCAACUUUCUCUACAACAGUGUUAGACGACAGAUUAGUUGUAAAUGUUAAUGUCAUUAUUUUAACCUUCAACAUGAAGAAUGCAUGUCAAAUAUUUAAGUCUCUAGAUGUUGCUACUUCAAUGAUGCUUGUGGGUUUACUA